AUGAAUUGUCUUAAUACUUGGAAGCCAGGUGCAGCCAUGAUUGCUGUUAGCUUUGCUUUCGCUGUUGCAAACACUCUGUUCAAGAUGGUUCUUAACAGAGGAGUGAAUCAGUUGGUUUUAACCACAUAUAGGCAAUCAAUCUCUGCAAUCUUCUUAGCUCCCAUUGCCUGCUGUAUAGAAAGGAAAAGCUACAAAAAGUUGACAGCUUUCACAUUGUGUGCUCUAUUUUUCAGUGGAUUGAUUGGGGGGGCACUAACGCUUAAUCUCUUCCUAAUUGGGCUUAAGUAUACAUCAACUUCAUUUGCUUGUGCUUUCCUCAAUGUUGUGCCCAUAAACACAUUCUUGAUGGCACUCCUAUUCCGGCAGGAGAGAAUAAACAUGAAGUGCAAGAGUGGGAAAGCUAAGGUCUUAGGAACACUAAUAUGUCUAAUUGGAACCAUAGUACUAACACUCUACAAAGGGAAGCCAUUGACAAACAAUAAUGCCUCAUCAAAAGGAGUUGAAGCACACCAUAACACCAAAAGUUGGGUUAUAGGUUCAUUAUUUCUCUUUGCUGGAAGCUUGGCAUGGUCUUCUUGGUUCAUCAUUCAGGGUCGGGUCGGGUCGGAUUAUCCAUAUCAGUAUUCCAGUACAUCUAUCAUGUCCUUCUUUGGUGCCAUUCAAUCAGCUAUCUUUUGCUUUAUCAUUGAUAGAAACAAUUCCAUUUGGAGAUUGAAAGGGAGUUUGGAAAUUUGGACAGUUAUAUUCUCUGGAAUUGUGGGGUCCAGCAUAUGUUAUGUUGUGAUGUCUUGGUGUGUGAAGCAAAAAGGACCUGUUUUCACCUCAGCAUUUAGUCCCUUCAUUCAGAUUUUCGCUAUUGUGCUUAAUGUCUCUAUACUCCAUGAACAAAUUCACCUUGGAAGCAUUUUAGGAUCCAUUUUGGUAAUUGUUGGGCUAUAUACUCUUCUUUGGGGUAAAAGCAAAGAAGCAGAAGUUUGCAAGACUGCGCCUACACCAAACAAGGAUGCACAAACUGUAUUACCUGUUACUAAUACUCCAUCUCACACCUAAAUGGUCACAAAAAAAAAAAAUUAAUAAAUAGAUAGUAUCAAAUGUGUACUUUGUACUUGAUACUUUUGUAUCAUCUAAAAGACUUAUAAGAAUAAAUGCAUUCCAAUACUUU